GGUCCCGCCCUGAAGAGGAUGGAGGUGGCCGGGGACGUGGGUGCUGCAGAACCCGGCGAGACCCGGCCUCUAAAGCCGUGUCUGCUGCGCCGCAACCACAGCCGCGAACAGCACGGCGUGGCGGCCUCCAGCCUCGAGGAGCUGAGGAGCAAGGCCUAUGACAUUCUGGCCAUUGAUAAGUCCCUGGCAGUCACCCUGGUCCUGGCAGAGGAUGGCACCAUAGUGGAUGAUGACGAUUACUUCCUGUGUCUACCUUCCAAUACUAAGUUCGUGGCAUUGGCCGGUAAUGAGAAGUGGGCAUACUGCAAUUCAGAUGGAGGUACAGCCUGGAUUUCCCAAGAGUCCGUUGAGGUAGAUGAACCAGACAGCGGGUCAGAGUUGCAGUGGAAGAAUGUCGCCAGGCAGCUAAAAGAAGAUCUAUCCAGCAUCAUCCUCCUGUCAGAGCAUGAUCUCCAGGUGCUCAUUGAUGUUCCGUGUUCAGACCUGGCUCAGGAACUGUGCCAAAGCUGUGUCACGGUCCAGGGGCUCCAGAACACCCUCCAGCAGGUGCUUGACCAGAGGGAGAAAGCCCGUCAGUCCAAGCAGCUCUUGGAGCUUUACCUCCAGGCUUUGGAGAAGGAGGGCAGCAUCUUGUCAAAGCAGCAAGAUUCCAAAGCUGGCUUCAGUGACGAGAGGGAUGCAGUUGACAUGGGAAUUAGCAGAGAGAGCUCCCCUGAAAUUACACUUACGAGCCAGAUUCUCACUGCACUGAAGGAGAAGCCUGCUCCGGAGCUGAGUUUGUCUAGUCAGGAUUUGGAGCUGGUUACCAAGGAAGACCCCAAAGCAUUGGCUGUUGCUUUGAACUGGGACAUAAAGAAGACGGAAACUGUUCAACAGGCCUGUAAUCAGGAACUAAGCCUGCGCCUCCAGCAGAUACAGAGCUUGCAUUCUCUCAGGAAUAUUUCAGCCAGGAAGAAUUCGCUGCCUGGAGAACUGCAGAAUCCUAAACGAGCCAAACAAGACUCCACAUAGUAUAGCUGGAAAUAUGCCAGAGAAAACCCUGUGACCUUGUUUUUAGUUAUCAGUAAAUGCCUUCAGCCUAGUUAUUUCAGCUACUUACACACUCCACUCCCUGCCUUGGAGCAUGUUCUCCUGGAACAGACUAGAAGACUAGCCUCAUGCCCCUCCAGAAAAGCUACUCCAGAUUUCAGCAUCCGCCCUUCCACCGACUUUGAAGAUAUAGCUGUACUGACAAUAUCCCACCUCUUCUAAUUACAUGUUCUUAUGUUCUCUGUUUAAAAGUGGUUGUGUUGGGCCGGCCCCGUGGCUUAUCGGUUAAGUGCGCGCGCUCCGCUGCUGCCGGCCCGGGGUUCAGAUCCCAGGCGCGCACCGACACACCGCUUCUCCGGCCAUGCUGAGGCCGCGUCACACAUACAGCAACUAGAAGGAUGUGCAACUGUGACAUACAACUAUCUACCAGGGCUUUGGGGGAAAAAUAAAUAAAUAAAAUUAUAAAAAAAAAUAAAAGUGGUUGUGAAGGGCAGUGAAAAGAAAUUGUCAUAUUUCAGACUCAGUAUUCUUGUUGUAAAGAUAGAAAUGUAGAGUUUUAAACACAAAUGGUAGAGAAGGUGACAUAAUAGACUGUUGACUAUGGCCACGAACUUCUUUCCCAAGUUAAUGAAUAUUUUUGUUUGUUAAAAGGCACAUAUUAAGUUUGCAGACCAUAGGGACAUACUGAGAGUCUAAUUCACCAUUUCUAAUAUCUAAUUCAGUAUUGUGAAAUUAUAUCUGUUACCACUGUGAAACUCUUUUUAGUUUUCUAAUAUGUUUUAUCAGCAGGGGGUAUGAAAGGUCAUUAAAUUGAUUUCCAUGCGGUAUGACUCCAACUCCCUCUGGGUGCAGAGCAGAGGCUUCUGGCUUAUAUACGUCCUAUUUCUCAUACAAACUUGUUCUUCAGGUUUUGUAAUCUACCAUACGGUCUCCUUGCAGGGAAAAGAUAAUUAGUUAUCAUUGACUUAUUUGACUUUUUUUAAGCAUGCUUAGAGGAAAACAUAAUGCUAUUAAGAAUACACUGGCUAAUUAUUAAAGAAAUAUAACAACAAGUCCUGGGGUGAGGGUGGAGUGCAAAAAGCAAACAGAACAAAAAGAACUGUUUCCUUCUCCUAUGAUCCUCUUCAAGGAGGGCUCAGAUGUACUCAGCAUCCUUUUACUAAUGCCUUACACCAUUGGUUCUCACUUAUUAGCUCCAGUAUUUUCUUUUUUAAUAGCACAUUUUUUUUUUCUGUGAGGAAGAUCAGCCCUGAGCUAACAUCCAUGCUAAUCCUCCUCUUUUUGCUGAGGAAGACCAGCUCUGAGCUAACAUCUGUUGCCCAUCCUCCUCCUUUUUUUCCCUUUUUCUCCCCAAAGCCCCAGUAGAUAGUUGUAUGUUGUAGUUGCACAUCCUGCUAGUUGCUGUAUGUGGGACGCGGCCUCAGCAUGGCCGGAGAAGCGGUGCUUCAGUGCGCACCCAGGAUCCGAACCCAGGCCGCCAGCAGCGGAGCACACGCACUUAACCACUAAGCCAUGGGGCCGGCCCCGAAUAGCACAUUUUUAAUGCCUCCUUAAUUAUCCUAAAUGAAAGCCAGAGCUGAUAACCUACCUACACACAUACUUUCCAAAGCAUUGACAUAAUACCCCAAAUGUAAUAUUUCAGAAGAAACAAAAAGAAAAUAAUUUCCAAUAAAAUGGCAUGUAUCUCAGGA